GCCGGAGUCUGGGGCUGUCCUCGGGGACCGUGCGGCCGCGGGCCCUCGCCAUGGCGGCGCCGUCGCGGCUCCUGAUCCGCGGGGGCCGCGUGGUCAACGCCGACUGGUCGCAGGAGGCGGACGUGCUGGUGGAGGACGGCGUGGUGCGCGCGCUCGGGCGCGACCUGCUGCCGCCGGCGGGCGCCCCCGCCGGGCUGCGGGUCCUCGACGCCGCCGGCAAGCUCGUCCUGCCCGGCGGCAUCGACACGCACACGCACAUGCAGUUCCCCUUCAUGGGCUUACGAUCCGUCGACGACUUCCACACGGGCACCAAGGCUGCCCUGGCAGGAGGCACCACCAUGAUCAUCGAUUUUGCCAUCCCUCAUAAAGGCGGCUCCCUCCUCGCGGCCUUCGAGACCUGGCGAAGCUGGGCUGACCCCAAAGUCUGCUGCGACUACAGCCUUCAUGUGGCCGUGACGUGGUGGAGUGACCAGGUUAAAGAAGAAAUGAAAAUCCUGACCCGGGAUAAAGGUGUGAACUCUUUCAAGAUGUUUAUGGCCUAUAAAGAUCUGUACAUGGUGAGAGACGUGGAGCUGUACGCGGCCUUCUCUCAGUGCAAGGACCUCGGAGCAAUUGCUCUGGUCCACGCGGAAAACGGAGACCUGAUUGCAGAGGGAGUGAAAAAGAUGUUGGCACUGGGGAUAACAGGCCCCGAGGGCCACGAGCUGUGCCGCCCGGAAGCGGUGGAGGCCGAGGCCACGCUGAGAGCCAUCACCAUAGCCAGCGCUGUGAACUGCCCUCUCUACAUCGUGCACGUGAUGAGCAAGUCUGCGGCAAAGGUGAUCGCCGAUGCGAGGAGAGAUGGGAAGGUGGUCUAUGGAGAGCCCAUAGCGGCAAGUCUCGGCACCGACGGCACUCACUACUGGAGUAAAGAAUGGCACCAUGCAGCCCACCACGUGAUGGGUCCACCCCUGCGCCCGGACCCUUCAACACCUGACUUCCUCAUGAAUCUAUUGGCUAAUGAUGAUCUAACCACAACAGGGACUGACCACUGCACUUUCAACACCUGCCAGAAAGCUGUUGGGAAGGAUGAUUUUACUAAGAUUCCCAACGGAGUGAAUGGUGUUGAAGACCGGAUGUCAGUAAUAUGGCAAAAAGGCGUGCAUAGUGGUAAAAUGGAUGAAAACCGAUUUGUGGCAGUCACCAGCACAAAUGCAGCUAAAAUCUUUAAUCUCUAUCCAAGAAAAGGAAAAAUAGCUGUGGGAUCAGAUGCUGACAUUGUGAUUUGGGACCCAAAAGCCACAAGGACUAUUUCCGCAAAAACGCAUCAUCAGGCUGUUAACUUCAACAUCUUUGAGGGCAUGGUUUGCCACGGGGUGCCCCUCGUGACUAUUUCCAGAGGCAAAGUGGUAUAUGAAGCUGGAGUUUUCAAUGUCACGGCAGGAGAUGGGAAGUUUAUUCCUCGCAAGCCAUUUGCUGAAUCUAUUUACAAGCGGAUCCAGCAGCAGGACCAGACUUGCACACCUACCCCCGUGGAGCGGGAGCCCUAUAAAGGAGAAGUCGUCACACUGAAAUCCAGAGGGACAAAAGAAGACUCCACAGCAGAGACCACGAAAUAGGCUCACUCCUGAGCUGGGUGCUGU